AAAGUACUGACAGAAAGAAUGCUCAAAUAUCUUCGGAAAUGGUUUAUCACUCACUUUUUGGGGCAUUCACGGAAAAGAGCAAGAUUGGUGUCUAAGGAUGGAAGAUGCAACAUUGAGUUUGGCAAUGUGGAGGCACAAUCGAGAUUUAUAUUCUUUGUGGACAUCUGGACAACUGUGCUUGACCUCAAAUGGAGAUACAAAAUGACCAUUUUCAUCACUGCCUUCUUAGGGAGCUGGUUCCUCUUUGGUCUUCUGUGGUACGCAGUAGCCUACAUUCACAAAGAUCUCCCAGAGUUUCAUCCCUCUGUCAACCACACUCCAUGUGUAGAGAACAUCAAUGGAAUGACUUCAGCUUUUCUGUUUUCUCUGGAAACACAAGUGACCAUUGGAUAUGGGUUUAGGUGUGUGACAGAACAAUGUGCGACUGCCAUUUUUCUGCUUAUUUUCCAGUCUAUUCUUGGAGUCAUCAUUAAUUCUUUCAUGUGUGGUGCCAUCUUAGCCAAAAUCUCUAGACCUAAGAAAUGUGCAAAGACUAUUACCUUCAGCAAGAAUGCUGUGAUUAGCAAGCGUGGUGGGAAGCUCUGUCUCCUAAUCCGUGUGGCAAAUCUUAGGAAGAGCCUCCUUAUUGGCAGUCACAUAUAUGGGAAGCUUUUGAAGACCACAGUCACUCCUGAGGGAGAGACUAUUAUUUUGGACCAGAUCAAUAUCAACUUUGUGGUAGAUGCUGGGAAUGAAAAUUUAUUCUUCAUAUCUCCUCUGACAAUUUACCAUGUCAUUGAUCACAAUAGUCCUUUCUUCCACAUGGCAGCUGAAACCCUUCUCCAGCAAGACUUUGAAUUAGUGGUAUUUUUGGAUGGCACAGUAGAAUCAACCAGUGCCACCUGCCAGGUCCGGACAUCCUAUGUCCCAGAAGAGGUGCUCUGGGGCUACCGUUUUGCUCCAAUAGUAUCUAAGACUAAGGAAGGUAAAUAUAGGGUAGAUUUCCAUAACUUUAGCAAGACCAUCGAAGUGGAGACCCCUCACUGUGCCAUGUGCCUCUACAAUGAGAGGGAUUCUAGAGCUAGAAUGAAGAGAAGCUAUGACAAUCCCAACUUCAUCUUGUCAGAAGUUAAUGAAAUAGAUGACACCAAAAUGUAACUGUGCAAUUUCAAUAUGAAUAAAGCAAAAGCUCUAAGAUGGCUAAUGACUUAGAAACAUUAAAAAACAAUCAAUAUUUUUGGUGAUAUGAAAGUUAAACAUGAGCCUUUAAAG